AUAAGCAAGCCCAAAUUUCAUUUCUUAGUUCAUCUCCCGGCAUAUAUUCGACGUUUCGGACCAGCAGUGAUAUUUUUGACCGAACGAUACGAGUCCUUCAACCAUGUAUUUCGUUUGUCGUGUGUAUACAGUAAUCGCCAAGCACCAAGCCGCGAC